AUGGGGAAGAGAGUGUACGAUCCAAUUCACGAUACUUUUCAGCUGCGGGAAGACAGCCCUGACGAAAGAAAGGCGGGCUCUCUUGUACGUUCUGCCCAUUCGGAGGUAACUGAGGGAGAAUCUCCAGACUCCAAUCCAUCAGGGAUGGAUGUGACCAGCAAAAGCGUCCCAGUAAUACAUGAUAUUGAAAUCGACGACAAAAAUGAUGACGAUUCCACGCAAAGUGAAGAAGAGAAUACAAACAUCUUACUUAACUUUGAACCUUCCAUGGUGCCUGAAGCAACAGGAACGGGAGGGACAACGGGGCCAGUCACAACAAGCGCUGUCAAGAGGAAACCCAAGGAAAAUAAUUCAAGCAAGUAUAAUCGCCAUUUGAAGAAACCUGAUGGCGAGCCAUUCAACAGGAAAGACAUCCAGUUCAGUUUCAUGCAAGAAAUACUGAUGGACAAAAGACAGAUUUUUACCAACGUCUUGAAGCCCUUAUACAAGAAUUCUGUAGUACCCAUUAAUAUCGAUGGCGAAAAGAUAUCAAUAAAUGUGACCGAUAAAGAGUACGACGCGAGGACGUUUGUGUUCAAUGACAAACUGACGUUUGCACAAUUGUAUGUGUUGACAAUAGCAACGUCUGUCAAAUGUUCCAAAAUACUCAGAGACAAACUGUUAUUGGACCAACAGGUGGCGUUUUCCACUUGUGUUCUAGCGUUAUUGGUCAAUAUCGGUAGGCUAAACACGACGAUAAAUUUCUACCUAGAGAUGACGUCGCAAUUGAGAACCUUCCAUUCCGUGCCUGUUUUACAAUUGCAUGCCAACGAUCCGAAGCUUCUACAAGACACACCAAGACUAAAAUCUAUUCUGAAAAAUCUACCCUGGGGCAAUGAGCAAAUUUCGUUGAUGGAAACCUACGAAAAAAUCGACCAGGAUGGUAGCGAGGUGGACAUCGCUAAUAAAUUCAACGUUAUCAACAUGUUGUUCAGCAUAUGUGACAACUUCAGCCUUGUCGACGAGAAAUUUCUUUCCAAAUACGUGGAAGUCAGAUCCGAAGAUGGUGCGGCGCUCGAAACUGACACUGGGGAAGAGGCGAAUGAAGCGGAAGAGGCUGAAGGGAAAGAGGCAAAGACAGAUUGUGAAGCAACACUUUUUGAUAUACUGGAUUACCCGAAAUAUGAGCCAAAGGACAGAUCUGACAUACUGAUCUGGCUGUUAUAUAUUCAUUUGGAGACAAACCUAAGCCAGGAGAAGGUGGAAGAGUCAGUUAAUUUUUUCAAUGGGUCGGAAGACGGUGCAUCUGGGGGCAAGUUCACUUUGAGACGCACGGGACACGACUACGACGUGGAUCCGGAGGACGAAUCGGAGUUUGGAGCCGGCCAACGCAUCAAGAGGAGGGAGUUCAUGGGCAAGAUGGAGGAAGGCAAGAAGCGUGAACGCAUCACUGUUAAAGAGGUGAAGAGCGCCAAUGCAGAUGCGAGCGAAAUGGACGGGGAGGAGGAAGAUAACAAGAGCGAAGAGACUGUGGAAGAGACCAGGUCACUUCUGACGCCUACGCCAAUACUGGAAUCUUCCUCGCCCAUGGUGUUGAACAGGAAAAAAGUGUCAUCGCAACCGCCCAAGACUGCGGCGGAAGCGGCGGAAACUGAAGAGGAAAUUGCCGCCGCUGCAAUCGUUAUCGACAAAAAUGACUUGAAUCUAACACCACUGAAAAAGUAUAACAGCUCCGCCACGGUGAACAAAGUGGACAAGCUGAUAUCGCUCGAUCUCAACAAGCAAGUGGCAGAAAAUGGCAAGACACAGGAGGAGUUCCUCGUCGACUUGAAGAAAUCUCAGGUGCCUAACAGGUUGAAAAGACGUGAUAUCGGGCUGAUCAAAAUAUUCAAUGAAUUCGAGGACAUCCCCGUGGCGUCCGUGCUCGGGAUCCGCGGCAAAAAGAGAAAGAAGUUCAAGGAUAACCUGCUGGGAUUCGAAACAGAUUACAUGAAAACCCUCGGCGCAUCAAAGAAGAUGCUUCUGCAGAGAAUCGAGCACGCAGAAAUAGACAAUGAAGAGUCGACCAUGUACAAAAUAGACUAA